UUAAAAAAAACAAUGUCGUCUUAUUCUUUUGAUGUUCCUCAUGUUACUUGUACUGAUUAUCAACUGAUUGAUAUUUCUGAAGAUGGUUUUGUGAGUCUUUUGACUGAGAAUGGUAACACCAAGGAUGACUUGAAGCUUCCCACCGAUGAAAGUCUGCUCAGUCAAAUUAAAGAUGGGUUUGCUGAAGGGAAAGACCUUAUUGUAUUAGUUAUGUGUGCUAUGGGGGAAGAACAGAUCAAUGCCCUCAAGGACAUUGGCCCAAAGAACUAAAAUUCUUGGGGUCUCUUGUAUAAUGUCUACGCACAUAUUAUUUAUAUAAAUGAUCUAAUAAUUGGAUUAAAACCACCCUAAAAUUCAGAGACUCUUUUCACUUAAUUCGUCUGUUACUCAUCAGAUAAUGCUUUGGAUUUACUAACACCCACGAAACUACAAUCGAUUGUCUAUCUGAUCCCUAGAUUUGCUUCUAUUCCAAGGUAAACAAAGCCUCUGAUUUUUGAAAUCCGAUUCAC